AUGCUUGUCAUCAGCACUCGUUCAAUACGAGAGCCUCAAGUUGGCGACAUCUUUGCACCUGGCAAUCCCCACUAUGGCUACCUUCAUAACAGGAAUGCCAGUGUAGCUGUGGAUACCUUUGAGAACAUGACACCCAUUCCCUCUCCCCCUCCCUGGCUCCCCCCCCCUCUCUGGCCCCACCUCUCUGCCCCCCCCUCCCCGGCCCCCCCUCCCCGCCCCCCCCCCGCCUGGAUCCUCGACGUCUAG